AUGUCUUUCGGCUUUGGAGGUGGAGGAUUUGGGUCCAAUAACCAGAGCUCCGGCUUCGGUACGGGGACUGGAUUCGGCAGCUCCAACACAACUGGAGGUAGGUCUUUCCUCAUUCCCUUCAUAUCGCAUUGCUUGCGCCUUAUAUUCAAUGCGCUUUACCCUUCCUUUGUCCCCCUGCUUUGGUUUUCGCUUUUCUUCGACAAUACCCCAACAACACCGGUGCUCCUGACAUCGACCCGAAACGGCAAAGGCGACGGCGACGAUGCUUUGGCUCAACACCCUCUGCGUUCGGCAGUGGAAAUACUGGAAACACUGGCGGUAGCCUGUUCGGUGGCAACGCGUCUAGUGGCUUCGGCAGCGGUACUGGUGGAGAACCAAGGUGGUGCUCUGUUCGGUGGUCAAAAUCGCGCGGGAGGAUUUGGAACAACCAACACUUCCACGACCCCAAGUCUCUUCGGCGGUGGUGCCGCAACAAACACCGCCAAUACCGGGUUCGGUACCAGUGGUGGAUUUGGCUCUUCAACUGGCGGUGGGUUUGGCAGCAGUGCUGCUACCAACACUGCAGGGGGCCUUUUUGGAAAUAAAACGGCAGGUGGCUUCGGAUCGACCAACACCUCAACUACCGGGGGCUUCGGCACAGGUGGUGGAUUCGGAUCUGGAGCGGCCCCCACCAGCACUGGCUUUGGUGGUUCGGGUACCGCGUUUCAAGCUGGAGCCCCAGUAUGCGAGGGUACUGGAGGUACUCCUUUUAACGCGUUCACCGAGAAGGAUUCCAACUCGUCUGCAACGAACCAUUAUCAAAGCAUCAGUUUUAUGCAGCCCUAUAGCAAGUUUUCCUUCGAAGAAUUAAGGCUUGCAGAUUACCAACAAGGCCGCCGCUUUGGUAACGGAAGUGGACAAGCUGGUGGUUUCGGCACUCCGGCCUUUGGUGGAUCUACUGGUGGCUUCGGAUCUCAACAGCCCACGUCAGGAUUCGGAACCAGCACUACUACACCAUUUGGUGGAGCAACUACGGCUGCACCAAGCGGCUUCGGAGCGACCCAAACUGCUGGUGCUUUCGGCAACACCGGUGGUAGCAAUCCCUUGUUUGGCGGAAAUAAGCCUGCCAACAACAUGUUCGGGGGAGGUACAACAACAGGAACCGGGCAGACUUCCCUCUUCGGCGGAGGAUCUGCAACUGGAGCUACUGGCGGUUUCGGUAGCAGCAACACUGGAACUGGUGGUGCUUUCGGCGGUACUAGUGGCGGGCUUUUCGGCAACAACGCCCAGCAACAGAACAAGCCAGCCUUUGGCGCGGGCUCUACUGGUUCUGCAUUUGGAGGUGGCGGUUUCGGUACUCAACAAACAACCACUGCCGCCAAUCCCUUCGGAGGCACUACUGCUACUGCCUCGCCCUUUGGUCAGCAACAACAAACAGGUACCACGGCUUUUGGCGGUACCGGCUUUGGCAAUACCCAGAACCAAACCCAGAAUAAACCCGGUGGUCUUUUCGGCGGUGGUGGCGGCAGCACAUUUGGUGCCACUCCCCAGCAGCAACAGACCGGGACUGGUUUGUUCGGUAGCGGUGCUACCACCGGUGCUGCAGCUGGCGGUAAUUCCCUUUUUGGUGGGAAUCAAAAUCAACAGCAGCAGCAAGGCACUGGCUCGCUGUUUGGCGGCGGUCAAACUCAGCAGCCUGGUACCACCGGGGGUCUUUUUGGUGCCCAAAAUCAACAGCAAAAGCCAGCCGGUGGACUGUUCGGCGGCGGUACAGCAACCACCGGGAGCACAUUCGGCAGCACAUUCGGCAAUACUCAAUCCCAGCCGGCUACUGGUGGCUUGUUUGGUAACAACCAGGCACAGCAGCAGAAGCCAGGCGGUCUCUUCAGCGGGUCGACCGGCGCCGGGUCUACAGGUGGAUUGUUUGGUGCCCCAAACUCGACUAAUCAGGCUGGGGGCUCAUCACUCUUUGGUGGCAACCAAAGCCAGCAACAGCAAACUGCUGGAAGUAGCCUGUUUGGUAGCUCGCAACCAGCACAGCAAGUCCAACAGCCAGCACCUGGAAGCUUGCAAGCCUCUCUUCUUGAAGGCAACCCCUAUGGUAGUCAGUCCAUCUUCUCCGGGCUCCCGACGCCGAGUGCACCAUCACCUGGUCCUCUUGCCACGCCACUGUCCUCGAGUAUCAAGCAAAAACAGCGAACUCCCCUACCUGUUUACAAGAUUACACCCAAUGCUGCUAACCGUCUUAUUACCCCCCCCCCUAAGCGCCAGGGCUACGGGUUUUCCUACUCUACCUACGGCUCGCCUUCGAGUACCACCAGCACUCCGGGCUCUGGGAUGGGCGGCAGUCUUUUGGGAGGUAGCGGUGGCGCUGGUAGCCUUCGUGGCAGCAUCAACGGCAGCUUUGGCCGCAGCUUCAGCAAGAGCUAUUCUACCAGUAACCUUCGCAAGUCCUUCCUUCCUGAGGAUGACAGCAUUCUUAGCCCUGGGGCCCUGCAGCCUGGGAGCGCUCGCAGCAGUGGCAGCGGCCUAAAGCGACUUACCAUUGAUCGCAGCUUGAGAAAUGAUCUAUUCACACCCCGCUCUACCACACCUGCAACCAUCACGAACGGGGAUGAUUCUCACCCCGCUGACAAGCUUAAGAAAAAGGUUAGCUUUGAUUCCACUCCCUCCGAGGGCCAGCUUGUUCGUGUGGAAUCCAGGAGUCCUGAGCCUACUCCCGAUGAACUUGGCUUCCUUCGUUCUGUCCGCAAAAGUGGUAGCCUGAAUGGUAUCGAUGAAGUUUCCAAUCGUCCUGAAAUGGAAUCUACCCGCCGUGACCUGGCUGUUGUUCCAGAGAAUGAUGAGCCGACCACUGCUGGCUCUACUGUCAAGCGUCUCACGUUCAUUCCCAGCGGUGACCCCAAGCCUGGUGAAUACUGGAUGAGCCCCUCUUUCGCAGAUCUCUCCAAGAUGACCCGUGAUCAGUUGAAGAAGGUUGUAGAUUUCACUGUUGGACGUCAAAAUUGCGGACAAGUCACCUUCAAUGGUCCUGUUGACCUUACAACUAUCGAUCUGGAUAACAUCUUCGAUAAGAUAGUUGAUAUUGGCGUUCGAAAGAUCACCGUGUACCCUGAUGAGAACAUCAAGCCACCCAUGGGCAAGGGACUGAACGUGCCAUCUACGUUGAGCAUUGAGAACUCUUGGCCUCGUGGCCGUGAUAGGAAAAACCCGCUUCCUAUUACCAGUGGCCCGCUCUUCGAUAAGCACAUUGAUCGUCUGCGCAAGGUGACGGACACCGAAUUCGUCACCUAUGAGGUUGAAACUGGAACCUGGGUCUUCAACGUUCCCCACUUUACUACCUACGGCCUUGACUACGAUGAAGAUGAAGGUGAAAACCAUGAUCAAAGCACCCUUGGUGCGGGUCCUGAUGACACUCGCACCCCCAAGGCUCAGCCCGAUCACCCUCCAAGCUUUGAACAAUCAGCGACUUUUUCUAUUGACGAAUCUUUUGUCGGCUCCAUGGUCGGCGUAGAUGAUGACACCUUUGACUUCAAGAAGCGCAAGAUUGUUCCCGGAUCCUUCGGCAGCCAGGCAAUGGGAAUCGAGGACCACGAUAUGGAAUCUGAAGGCGAAACGGAUUCUUUUUUAGACCACGGCUCCACGGGUUCAACUACUGAGCAUGACGACGAUGUCACUGAAAGCCAUAUUGAUGGCGACUCAGUUGUUGGAUCAGAUGAAGAUCAGACAAUGGACAUGGCGGGUUCCUUCCCUGAUCUUCGUCGUACCGUGGAGCGGGAUGACUCCCAGAGCAUUACCAGUGAUCUUGAUACCACCUACCCUAUCUCAAAGCCCUUUGGCACACCCGAAAAGCCACGUCUCGACCUAAGUGGUGACUGGGCAGAACAGCUUCAGCGCACAAUCAGUCCUCGAAAGCAGAAUCGUGACGCUCUUCGUCAAAUUCAGGCCAAUGCUUUCACUGACCGACCUCUCCUUGAUGAUGAAUCUCUGAAUGAGAAGUCGACAAGCUCACCGAAGAAGAGUUUUUCAACCAGCAUUGACUUGAUGAAUUCUCUUUUUCAGCAGCAACCACGGAAGCAGAGUGCCCCAUCUCAGCUGAAAGCGUCCAAGUCGCAGUCCAAUGGCUUUGAGUGGCCCUACAACAAACAGCCGAAAACCUUCGCUGGUGACAGUUCACAAAUGGACAAAACCGAUGCCGCUUUCUACAACUCUUUCAAGCCUCGAUGGGGUCCGAUGGACACUAUUGUGUGCGCUAAGAACGACAUCACUGAUCCGUUGUCUGACAGUAGCCAGCGCUGGACUGAGAAAUUUUCUAUUUUCAGCGAGGGAAGAGAUAUCGCGGUCAUGAAGUACACUCCAUCCAUUACCUCGACUGAAAUGCUCGAUGUACAAAAGCAUCAAUCCACGAUCCAACGCGUUGAUGGAACUCCAUUGGUUCGUUUGUCUAAGAUUGAUUUGCGUCAGUUCGCAUUGUCGCCCGCCAAGGAUGAAGAGCGACUGGUUUGGCAGCUAGCCAAUAUCCUGUUCAACGACGACAUUGAAGAUGACAUUUCUGCCAGUGUACCCGCACAGCUCCGUUCGAAAUUUGCGCAUCGGAUCAAGAAGGAUCGCUUAACUCGUCUUUGGCAAUCUGUGAUACGUGAGAAACAUGCCCAUACCCUUGAUUCUAUUCGCUCGCCGGAGGAGCGUGCUGUUCAUCUUCUUUGCUCUCAUCGAGUUGAGGAAGCAUGCAAAACCCUAGUCGAGAGUCAAAAUCUGCAUCUGGCCACUGUGGUUGCACAGAUUGGUCGCGAUGCUAUCUCGCGGGCAGACAUGGCCAAUCAAAUUGACGUCUGGCGCCAAAGUAAUGUUCUUUCGGAGAUGAGCGAACCUGUCCGAGCUCUGUACGAAUUGGUAGCAGGCAACAGCAUUCGCAGCGAAGGCAAAUCUGGUGGUGCUCUCGAGGAUAGAGCAUCCACAUUUGUUUUUACUGAGCGCUUCGAGCUUGACUGGUUCCAAGCUUUUGGCCUUCGUCUCUGGUACGGCAUUACUGAGGACGAGCCAAUCGAAGCCGCGGUGUCCAAGUACUUGGAUGAUCUUUCUACUGGAGUCGAACCUGCCUUCCCUUACCCCUCACACUGUGCCAAUGAUCAAGCCUCCUUGCAGCCUGGCUCGGAUACAACCGGUCGUGAAUCCCCUCUGUGGGUGCUUUUGAAAGCCUAUUCGGCGGCUAAUGGCCAAGCGAACUUCCAACCUCUCGAGCUCCCCGCGGCUUUGCUUCCCGAGGCGGUCUCCGGUGAUCGACUUAAAAACCGUCUUUCAUUCCAGCUUCACCACCUCCUUGCGACCGCCAUUGGUCAGAAUGAGAUGAUCAAGAUCAACCAAGCCCAGGCCGAUCGUCUUACGUGGGACUUUGCCUCGGAGAUGCUCGCUGGUGGAGAACUUGAGAAUGUUCUCUUUGUCCUUCUUCAUCUUUCACAGACAGAAGACCGCAAGCGUGCUGUGCAGGAUACGCUUUCUCGCUUUGGUGCCUUGCUCCCUGAUCCUACAGCCCAGGACGGAUCAGGAUUCGAGUCUACCUGGCUGCAGCUGACAGUUGAACUUCAGAUCCCUGAAGCCUGGAUCUGGAUUGCCAAGGCUCUUCACGCUCGUGACAGCGGUGAUGCUAUUCGCGAGGUUGACUGCCUCAUCCGCGGCAAGCACUGGAACGAUGCCCAUGCUACCUUCUGCCGUGCCGUCGGUCCCACAGCUGUCAUCUCGCGUGACUACCAUACCCUAGAUCGACUUGUGUCUGGCUUUGGCGAUGGGCCUGAGCGCAAGAUACGCGGCUGGGCGUCUGGCGGCGGCAUCUAUGAAGAUUUCUUACGCCUGGCCACUGCUCCCCGUGGCCGCCGUGAUCCAACUCGUCUAAGCCGUUUGGUGAAUGCUCUAGUGGCCAUGGGUGACCGUGUCCGCACUGGUCAGGGUAUCCAUAGCCUGGAGGAACGUGUGGCGUUCAAGGAAAUGAGCCGCGCAGUGGCUGGCUGGAUUACCCGAGAGGAUGUUCAGUCCGUCGAAUCCUCGGCUGUCCUCGGCCUACCUCUGACUGGUGAUGCUCGUGUCCUGCAGACGGUGGAGAUGAGCCGUCGCUACUACGGCAUCAUAAUGGCAGGUGGUCAUUGA